GAUUGAACAGCGUCCGACGUCGCAUACACACAGACAGGGCGAACACACCGAGUACUGACUGUAUACUCUUACACAUACACGGGGUCUCCUUUUGGUUUGUCAGAGAGAGGGCAACGCCACAGCAAACACCCAACCCACUCCAGCAAUCACACACUUGUACAAUGAACGAAGCAAUACACCCGACCAAGCCCGCCACUGCAUUGUACCACACACGCGCCAAAUUGGCCGUUUCUUGUCUUAUCCAAAGAAGGAGGGAGGGAAUGGUGCGCCGAUGUGUGUGGGGGGGGGCUGUUCAGCGGCUUGGCAUCAUGCCGUACGGCGCCCCCGCCAUGCCCAAAGGGUUGCCCAUCCCACCACCCAUCCCGCCGCCGCGACUGUCACGCCUGAAUGCAGUGGACACAUCGGCGAUGUGAUCGGUUAUCUGUGUGGUGUGUCGGUGCCAUGAGCAUGGCUGCUCUUACAUGGCAUGGUGGCUGUGUUGCAUCGGCUGGGCACGGUAGGGGUUCAGCUGAAUACCCUGAAAGGGACGACAAGAAAGAUCAAUUCAGUGGCGCUCGUUUUCACCAUACGCACACACACGUUGCCGCUAGACCUGGUAGGGGUAUCCAGCCGGGCUUGCAUUUGCCAUGGCGGCCGUGUGGUUCUCGGGGCCGGGGAACUGCCCGCCGCGCUGAGCCGAAUGCGAACGACUGACACACCACACAUCACACGCAAACACACACGCAGGAACGUAUCAAGAAGACUCUUGUCUGACGGAAAUCAUGUCUGUCAUAUGUCAUGCCGACUGACCCGGACGGUUGUGGCGGUGAGUUUGCCAUUGGGUGCUGGCCGUAGUGGGAGCCGUUGCGCGUCCGGCCAUACGGCUGGGGCGAAGACGAGGGCGCCAUGCGGCCGUAGCCGGCAUUCAUGCCUACACGCACACAAGACACAAGACACACAUCUAUUGGCGAUUCGAUGAGUCAAUCCCUCAGUGAGGCCAUCUGGGGUUACCGUCUGGGGUCUGCUGCAUGGGCGGUGACGCGAACUGGGAGUAGGGCUGGUAGUUGGGAUCGGGUGGUGGCGGCUGCUGCUCACCCUUCCGCCUCUUUCUCUUGCUCCCGCCCUCGUCCAUCACCCCACCACCACCCCCACCAGCCAUCGCAUUCGGAGGCACCUGCGUAGCGAACGGCCCCGCGGUCACGCUGGCGCCGACGGAAGGUGGCAGAGAAGGGCUGGUGGGGUCACAUACCUGCUGCGGCUCAGCCAUGCCGUGGUUCAACGCACCUUGGGCAGGCGCGUGGCUGCCGCCCCCACCGCCCUUCGAUCCCUUGCUGGACCGUCUCUUUCUGCCGUGCGAUGACCCGACGCUCUGCCGUGCUGGCGACAUCUGGUUCGGGUGGCCGUAGGGCUGCAUGUGGCCUAUCUGCUGGCUGGGGGGCGACUGCGGCACCUGCUGCGCCAUGUGCUGCUGUUGAUAAUAGGGGGAGGGAGGGGGGUGGCCGUGCUGCGGGUGGGGGUGGGGGCUGGCCGGGGGAUGAGCCGCAGGGGGCGGCGCGGCCGACGCACCUCGCUGACCUCUGUGGCUGUGAUGGUGCAUCUGCUGCCGGUGCUGGUGAUGCUGCUGGUGCUGAUGCUGGGCAUAGGCAUGGUUGCCGUACUGCCCGCCGUGUGUGGGGUGCGUGGCAGGGGAGGGCAUCGAGGGCGGGACGCCGCCGUGCAUGGCUGCGGGCGGUGGCGAGAAGGGGGGCGAGUGCUGGUGCCUGUGGUAGGGAUUGGCGUGUGAGGGCCUGUGCGUGGCCUGGCGCUGCUGCUGCGCCUGACGCACUUGAAUGUAGAGCUGAUCCUGCAGUGGAACCGACCGACCGAUGACCUUGUGUGUCUUGUGUUCCGUGUUAUAUGGUGCGUGCAAUGCAACUAAGGUACCGGCACUGUGGGCUUCUUGGCGUUGUUGGUGCUCUUCAAAUAGGCCUGGUUCUGCAGAUUCUGAUACAAUAUACAGGACAGCAGCACCACACCAUGUUUCGGCAUAGUCAUGUCGUCGUCUCGUGUGCCACACAUUCACAUACGUCUUGUCUGAGCUUCUCGUAGUCGGCAACUCUGGCCGCCACCGCCUCGUACGAACGAUCCGAUUCACCACCUGAUGAACGACACAGCCACAGCAUAGACGAGAGUGCCACGAGGCAGUUAGCCAUGGUCUGUCUCUCCAUUCUGCCCUAUUCCUACCCUCUUGCGUGGCACCGGCGGGAUGGUACAUCUGCACACAGAGAGAGGGAAAGAGACAAUGUGGUGGAAAAUGUGGUGGUUGUCAGUGUAGUUGGCCGGCCUUCUGGCGCAUCAAUCCACCCACCUGAGAUUGGAUCUGUGCGGCGUCCCUGAGCUUGUAGUGCGAGGCGUGAAUGUCGCAAACGGCGCCCCGCUCCAGGCUGUCGAAGGGCAACCCACUCGUCGACACGCCGCCCAGACCCGCUGGACAAUCAACCACACCACACAGCAGCCGGGGAGGGAUGAUGCAGCCCAUCCGGGAGUGUGAGUGUAGUGUCUGUGUGUGUUGGCUGACAGACCUUGUCUGACGAGGUCGUCCACUUUGAAGGCGUCGUGAUAGGAGCCUGGUCAUCGAGAGAGACACAGCACGGCCCAUGCAGACAGCGAAUAAUUAGGCUGUCUGUUCUGUGUGUGUGUCCCGGCUUCGCCAUGCCCACCUCUCGCUGAAACCCUCUUCUCCUUUUGGACACUCUUCAUGACCAUGGCAGAGUAGUACUUGAGCGUCUUGGCCUGCAGCGUAGUGGAAGCAACCAGCAUCUGUGUACGUCUGUGUGCGUGUCUGUCGCGGGUCGGUAGGUCACCUCGUUCUCCUCGACUUCUCUCGGCUGUGUGUCAGCGUCGCCCAUGAGCUUAGACACUCCCUCAGACGAGUGAACCAACCCUGUCAACAAGCCUGCACACCCACAGCCACCAUACCAUGCACACCCACAUCUCCUCCUCUCCCUCUCUCUCCCUCCCAGGUUCACCACCCACCCACCUCGGAUGUAUCGCAUGAGCGGCGCCACCUUCCCAUCCGACGACGUCGUCGCAUCGCCCACAGGAACGAUCGCCCCACUAUCUCGCCCCCAUUUCCUCUUCUCCCUCUCAUCGCCCUUCAUGGUCUCGUCGUCACUGGUGGCCGGCACCCCCGUGGACCCCGUCUCGCCGCUCCCGCUCUCCUCCUUCUUGCUCACGUCCAUCAUCUGGUGGGCAUCGCUGUCGGGCGGGUGCGACCCAUCCAGCCUCCGCUUGCGGGCGCGGCGGGCUGCGCAAAAGGCUCUGGUUGAGUCGAGGGCCGAUGUGACGGGGAGGAAUCGGGGUGAGGGGCGGGCGCGGUGGACGCGGGACAGCGGGGGCAGGGACACGACCUGAGAGAGAAAGCGCGGAGAGAGAGAGGGUGGGUGGGUAUGUGGGUCGUGAUGCGUGUUCGGUUGCGUGCCUUUGGUUGGUCUUUGGCGUCUGCGGGCACUCUGGAGGCGUAGGUGGCGCUGGGGGUGGCCCGGGGGGAGCCAGACGCGGUCCGCUCGCGAAGCUUCACCCACCUGACACACAACCACCAUCAAUAUCAGCGAGCCAUCCAUCCAAGUGUCCGGGGGAUUGCCUUCCUUGUGCGUGUGAAGGCUCCGCUCACUGGUCCUGGCACAUCUUGCUGUUGCGGCACUUGGACAGUGGCCCCAUGGCCGUGUUGACGCUGUCGGCGAUCAAGCCCCAGUUGACGUACUUGCCGCCUGGUGUGGAUCGACACACACACACACACACACACACCCCAGCCCCUCCCGUGUUAUCAUGAAUGCGCUCUGGGUGGCUGAGUGGCUUACAGAGCGCCUCUGGACUUGACCCAUCGUAGAUCUCCACCUGACAAACCAAACACACACCCCUUCAUGUGUGUGUGUAUUGUGGUGGUGUGGAUCGAUGGGCGUGUUGUGUUGUGUGUUGCCUGCCAUACGAAUCGCUCGAGUAUUGUGUUUUCGUCUGGGAGCCAUUCGCCCUCUAUGGGUUUCCUGCCCAUCCAGUCGUCGGAGGGCAUGCCGCCUCCGCCCCCGUCGUAGGGGUCUGAGGAGGGGUGGGGCAGGUGGAAGAGGUAAGACGGAUCCAGCUGCAGGUGCUUCAGCUGCAUGCCAUGUAGCAAAGCAAACAAAGCAGCCAGCCAACCACAUGGAUGGAUGGAUGGAUGGAUGGAGAAACAGACAGGCGAGUUAGUUAGUGGUGGGCCUGCAGGUCGGGGUGCCAAUUAGGUGCCUACCUUUUUUUGGCUCUUUCUGUUCCUACGGGGAACAUUUGGCACCAACUGGAUGAAGGGAAGCGGAGCGGCCAGCACAACAGACGACACACACAUGAAUGACACGAGGUGGUGUGGUGGCCUUCUGUCCUUGUUUGAGGCUCACUCACCGGCAGGCCCUCUGGUCUCCCUGUGUCGAGCCCUCUCUGCUUUUUGAUGCGGGGGUACUCGUCGUUGUCGGGGUUGCGGUAGGCCAUGGCGUAGAUCUGCAGCAUCAGCGAGUCCUCCUCAGAGUCACUCCGACCUGGUCGACACAGACACACACACAGACACAGACACAGACAAGAAGGUGUGGAAGUGGGAGGUGUGUGCCGGUACACCACACACACACACCACUGAGCGGAAAUUGGAGGACGUCUUUCGACAGGUCGGGCGGGCCCAGCACACCGGGCAAGUGCAGCGCACCCUGACCACACACACACACACGCACACGUAAUGGUUGGUUCUUGUUUUUUGUGUGUCGAUUGUGUGGUGCAUCCAGCAAGGCAAGGCAAUGCUAGGUGUCCAUCCACCUACCUGUUGCUGCAUGGCGUGAACGUUCUUUUCAAAGUGGUGCUGCCGCGACGUGUAGUAGGCGUCCAUGUCCUCCAGGCCACAGCUCUCGCGAGUCGGGUCGCCGAUGUCUGCCAUCACACACACACACACCCACACACCCACACACACGUGUGGAUGCAGUCCUUAUGCCGUUUGUGUGCGUCUCCUUGACCCCUACUGAGGUAGUAGAGUGGCGUCACGGGCUGGAUGUCGACGAACAGCGGCUCGGCCUUGGUGAAGGCGCCGAAGUCCUCACGCAGAGAAUCGUCGUCGUCUGAAGCGACACAAGGAAUAUGAAUGUCAGUGGGAAUGGCGCAUCUGUGUCCCCGCCCCUUCUUCGCAUUCGGACCGUCGGAUGGUGGGGGCUUCAUCGCCUCUGUUGGCACAGGCACAUCACACACACACACACACAGAGAGAGAGAGAGAGAGCCCAUCCAUAGAGCAGAUGUGAAAAGAAUGGAUGACGCAUGCCAAUGCCAUGCGUGUGUGUGUGUGUGGACCUCCUACCUGCAAUGGCGCUGUCCGGCACGGCCACUCCAUCCAUGGUGGACUCCAACACUGAUCGAUCACAGAUGGGAUGAAUGCAGUGUUGUGUGAGCGACCUAGUGUGUGUGUGUGUGUGUGUCAGUCUCUCACGUCCAUGCUGCUUGUAGAGUGCCUUGAGGGUGCGAUCGCAGUACUCGAACAGCCCCUGCGUGAUGCGAGCGCUCUUCUCCUUCCGACGGGGAUGGUUCUUGUCAGCCUGCAUUUCACACACACACACACACACGCUGAUGAGUGCAUCCAUCUCUCCAUCCCUCGAGCCGCCCAGCCAUCAUUCCGCUUUGACUUAUCCCACCCGUGGGCCCGUUCUGAAGACAAUCGCAGCCCUCUGCUGCCUGCUUCCAGGCUGCUGCCCGCCCGCCCCCUCGGCACCCGGCCCCAAGCUCUUGGGCAUGGCCUCCCUGUCGUCGAGCUCAAUCGCCUCCGUCUUGAGGUCGGCUGGCAUGAGAUCAGGCGCCACUUUGUUGGUCACUCCCAGCCAGAAGGACUGCACGAUAGCGGCGCACGUGGCGGCGUGGUGCUCGACCUUCUGCCUCUCGAGCUUGCGGAAGUGGUCCUUGAUCAUGUAGGACACGCGGCGGGCGAGAUGGACCUUCCACUUUCGCUCCUCGUAGAAAUCGAUGGCCAUCCAUUGCAUCUCCUGCAAGACGUCGUCCCAGGGCGUGCGCACCAGACGGGGAGGCUCGCAGGGAGGGAGACAAGCACCGUGCUCUGACAGGCAGCCAGCGAUGCACACACCCAGAUCACCCCAUCUCAUCACCAGUGAGUGUUUCCACAAGCUUACUGUUCACGUGUCUCGCCACCUCAUCCGCGAGCUCCUGCCUCGCCAGCUGACACCAUAACCACACACGGCAGCAAAAGUCGAUGCUCAGAGCCAAAUGACGGGUUUUCGCAAACUUACGGGCCGUGAGACCGCUCUCAUGGCUUCUUUCUGAUGGAAACGCUCAGCAGAGGUCUUGUGCGUCGAUAAGGCCGCUAAGCAGUCCCCUGCGUUGGCUCCCCUCAGAGAACAAGCCCAACUCGAUCCUCGGGGUCAUUGAUGUCAAUCGGCGCCAUUUUCAGCGGCUUUCGCGAUCACUGUCCUCCCAGACUCAUCCCAGGGGACAGAUGAGGCACCGUC